AUGGGCUCCAAUCCGGUGAACAAGAGCAACAUCCAGGGUGGCAUUUGGCCGCGCAUGCCCAAAGAGUUUGAGUCCUACCUCUUCUACAAGAUCAGCAACGUGGACAGAUUCCGCAAUGAUCUCCGAGAUUUUAUCGGGAAUAUCACCACCGGUCUGGAGUGCGAAGAGCUUCUGGCAAAGAUCAAACUUGCGCAAGAGGCUGGCAUUUCUAGAAAGAUUCCCAAGUCGUGCGUGAAUGUGGCAUUUACCCAGAAGGGGUUAGAGAAGGUAUGCGCGAUGAUUCCUUGCUGCAUUGGAGCGGAACUCAACGACGGACUAUACGAGAAAGGCAUGUACAGCGAUCUUAUCUUCGAGGGUGCCGAUAUCCCCGAGAGAUUACUUCCGGAGUUCAAGCCUCCGCCUGAGCACGACCCUGCCAAAGAUGAUGACAGUUGGCGCUGCGAUUUGGUUUUGAUCGUGGCUGCCUCGUGCGAGAAAACCCUGAACGAGGGGAUCGCGAGAAUUGAGACUAAUUUCCAUCUGAGGGACAUGAACAAGAACAGUCUGGACUUGGUAGUCGCGAAGCAUGGACAGCGUCGGCCAGGAGACUUUCGCGGUAGAGAGCACUUUGGAUUCGAGGAUCACAUCUCACAGCCUCAGAUCCAGGGUCUGGAUCCCGAGCCGGGGCCACGUGAGCCGCUUUCCUGUCUUCCGGGGUACAUCUUUGUUGGUCAUGAUGGGGAUCCAAGACAGCACAACAUGCCUCCUUGGUCCUAUGAAGGUAGUUUCCUUGUCUUCCGUCAGCUAGACGAGAAGGUCCCUGAGUUCAACAACUUUAUCAAAGAAGCUGCAAGUAAGAUUCCGAACUACCAGGGCGAUAACGGUGCUGAGAAAUUGGCGGCUCAUUUGAUGGGACGUUGGAAAAGCGGUGCGCCUGUGGCUUUAACUCCGGAUCACGACGACCCAAAACUGGCAUUCAGAAAUGACUUCGAUUUCCGCCCUAAGCAGAGUAUUAUGGGGUGUCCCUUCGCCGCGCACGCCCGCAAAAUGCGUCCCAGGGCCGACCAUAAGCGCGACCUUGGCAAAGAUGACGACUUUGUGGCCGGACAGUUUACCGAUCCAUUGGUGCAUGAUACCAGCAACCCUCCAGAUUUGGAAGAAGACAGUGACGAGGAGCCCGAUCAGACGCCUGACAAGGAAGACGCUAGCGUCAUUCUGCGCCGGGGUAUAACGUUUGGUCCGGAGCUUGGACUGGACGAGAAGGAAAAGACAACCAAGAGCCGUGGUGUUUACUUCACCUGCUACCAGAGUGAUAUUAGAGACGGUUUCAAUCUCCUCAUGACUCGUUGGGCAAGCAACAGCUUUUUCCCGACGUCUAAGAAGAGAACCCACCAGGACGGUCCUGGAAUGGAUCCGUUCACUAAUCAGAGACAGCGUAAAGAUCAUCCCGAAGGACACAUCAGUCUGUUUGAUGGGGUUGAUACUAAGAAAACUCACAAGCUUGAUCUUGGUACUAGUCCUUGGGUGGAUCAGCGAGGUGGUGAAUAUUUCUUUACUCCAUCUAUUAGAGGCCUGCACUGGUUUUGCAAUGGCAAGCCGGGAGGCCAGAGUGUGUAG